GCCGCUGCCGCCAGAUUGUGCUUCAGACUGUCAGAUAAAGCAGCGGGCCCCCAGCGGGGUGGUGAACACAGCCCGAGCAGGACAUGGCGGCGCUCUACGCCUGCACCAAGUGCCACCAGCGCUUCCCCUUCGAGGCGCUGUCUCAGGGGCAGCAGCUGUGCAAGGAAUGUCGGAUUGCACACCCUGUUGUGAAGUGCACCUACUGCAGGACUGAGUACCAGCAGGAGAGUAAAACCAACACAAUAUGCAAGAAAUGUGCUCAGAAUGUGCAGUUGUAUGGAACGCCUAAACCUUGUCAGUAUUGCAACAUAAUUGCAGCAUUUAUUGGCAAUAAGUGCCAGCGCUGUACAAAUUCAGAGAAAAAGUAUGGACCACCAUAUUCUUGUGAACAGUGCAAGCAACAAUGUGCAUUCGACAGGAAAGACGAUAGAAAGAAGGUAGAUGGAAAAUUGUUGUGUUGGCUGUGCACACUCUCUUACAAACGGGUCCUUCAGAAGACCAAAGAGCAGAGGAAGCACUUGAGCAGUUCUUCCCGGGCUGGCCACCAGGAGAAGGAGCAGUACAGUCGACUGAGUGGCAGUGGUCAUUACAACAGCUUUUCCCCAGACCUGGCUCUGGACUCCCCGGGCACUGACCACUUUGUCAUCAUUGCCCAACUAAAGGAAGAAGUGGCCACUCUGAAGAAGAUGCUGCAUCAAAAGGAUCAAAUGAUUUUAGAGAAAGAGAAGAAGAUUACAGAGUUGAAGGCUGAUUUUCAGUACCAGGAGUCUCAGAUGAGAGCCAAAAUGAACCAGAUGGAGAAAACCCACAAAGAAGUUACAGAACAGUUACAGGCCAAAAACCGAGAACUUCUGAAGCAAGCAGCUGCCUUGUCCAAGAGUAAGAAGUCCGAGAAGUCAGGAACUAUAACUUCUCCAUGAGAAAUCACCAGGAGACUACCCAGCAACAGCUGAUGGA